UGAGUAAUUAAUAAAUUAUCAUACUACUCCAGCAAUACACGCCAAGCUGUUCUCACUUCUCAGUCGGAUAGCUUCACUCUUAAAAGUUAAACCCCUUCAGCCAUUUCUAUUUCUCCGCCUCUGACUUGUUUGUACCUGAAGAAAGACAAGUUAGAAAGAAAUUGGAGAGAGUAAAUCUGCCCAUUAUAAUGGUGGACUGGUGGUGGUCAGUAUUGGGGGCGGCUGUUCCAGCAGUUGUGGGAGGUCAAGCAUGGAGGAUGAAGAACAGGCGUGCAGAGGAGCAGAGAUUGAAAAGCGUAAGAGGGAGAGAGAAGAGCUCUGAUGAGAUAUUUGUUUGUGAAAGGGUGUGCACAUCUAAGAGAAUGUUAAAAAAGGUUGGGGCAUUUUCUAAAGAACCAACUCCUGAUACUUGUGUUACUGUUUGUGGAGUUUCUGAACUCGAUGCUUGUGCUGAUGCGUGUGCUCGAACUGUUUGUGUUAAUCAACACCAAGUUCCCAAUUGGAAUGAUACUUGUCUCAAGAGAUGCCAGAGUGAAUGCCUUAGGCUCUCGAGUUCUGCAUCUACGACGUCAUAGAUUUGAUGAAAUGACAUUCUGGCUGAAUUUAUGCAGAUCUGUGUUUGUACUUUUUUAGUAAUAUGAAAUGGAUUGAUUGGGAUGUCUGUUUUAAUAUAAGAGUCAGUUCGAUCAGAAGAUAUUGUGUGUAUGAAUUCUUGCCUCUGUUAUCAUUAACUUUACCCAUCAGUAUCAAUUUUCAUUAGUUAAA